AUGAUGACUUGCCGCACAGCUGCCCAAGUCCAAUCUCCACCAAAUGACCAAAACCAUGGGGUAGAAUAGAAAAUUCAACUCCACUCUCUCUCCCUCUCCCUCCUUUAUUUAAAGUUCAAAUUCUUGGUGCAAUACAUAAUCUAGAACUUGUCUGCAAAUUGGUUUUGUACAGCCAUGGAUGCCAAACCAAAACAAAGAUUGGUGCUUUUUCUUUGCUUAUGCCUACAUCUCAAAACCCAUGUUUGCCUUGCGGCUGACACCAUCGCUGCAAACCAAUCUCUCUCUGGUGAUCAAACCAUUGUCUCUGCAGAAAAGGUUUUUGAGCUGGGUUUCUUUAAACCAGGGCAGAUUCAGCAACUCUCAUGGUUGGAGAAUUCCGGCAAGUGGAAUUUUUUUUGGAGCAAACCAGGAAAGCGAUGUGAUGUUUAUGAUUUAUGCGGGGCAUUCGGCAGUUGCAACGAGGUAAGCCCGGUCUCCUGUAAUUGUUUGACAGGUUUUGAGCCAAAGUUGCAGAGGGAUUGGAAUUUGCAGGCUUAUUCUGGUGGGUGUAAAAGAAAAACCCCUCUGCAUUGUGAGAAUGCUACUAGGGCUGACGGGAAGCAAGACCAGUUUCUCAAAAAGCCUGGGAUGUCAUUGCCUGAAAAUGAGCAGUCUGUGAAGGUUGAGACUAUUGCUGGAUGUGAAUCAAUCUGCUUAAAUAAUUGCUCUUGCACUGCUUAUGCUUAUAAUAGCAGUGGAUGUUCAAUUUGGAUAGGAGACCUCUUCAAUCUGCAAGAACUCACAUCAAGUGAUAGUCGGGGAAUAACUUUGUACCUCAGACUUGCAGCUUCCGAGUUUAAGAGUCCUAAAAGCAAUAAGGGAUUGAUUAUUGGUGUUGUGGCAGGCUCAGCUGCUGGAAUAGCAGUUCUCUUAGGCCUUAUUGUGGUUGUAAUCUUGAGACAAAGAAAGAGAGUGACUGGAAUGGGAAAAGCAGUAGAGGGUUCAUUGGUGGCCUUUGGGUACAGAGAUCUGCAAGAUGCAACAAAGAACUUCUCAGAAAAAUUGGGGGGAGGAGGCUUUGGUUCUGUUUUCAAAGGGACCCUGCCUGAUUCAUCUGUCAUAGCAGUAAAGAAGCUUGAAAGUGUCAGCCAAGGAGAGAAGCAAUUCAGAACUGAAGUGAGCACAAUAGGGACAAUUCAACAUGUCAAUCUUGUCCGGCUUCGCGGGCUCUGCUCUGAAGGUACAAAAAGGAUGUUGGUCUAUGAUUACAUGCCGAAUGGAUCAUUGGAUUCUCACCUUUUCCAUGAUAAGCGUCCAAAUGUUUUGGAUUGGAAAACAAGGUACCAAAUUGCUCUGGGGACAGCAAGAGGGUUGGCUUAUCUUCAUGAGAAAUGCAGAGAUUGCAUCAUACAUUGUGACAUAAAGCCAGAAAACAUUCUUUUAGAUACUGAACUUGGUCCAAAAGUGGCAGACUUUGGCCUUGCAAAGCUUGUUGGAAGAGAGUUCAGCAGUGUCCUGACAACCAUGAGAGUUGGUAUUCAGAAUUCUAAUAACUGUUCAAAGAUGAGCAACCAUGGGUCUGAUGAAGUAAGCAGUGAUAGUUUUCUUGAGGAUCUUCAGUUUCGAGCGCUUCCCGACCCGAGACCCCGCCAUCCGCCUACUCUUUCAAAGAAUCCAGAAGAUGGAGGAGGACUGAACCCAGUCCCAGGUCCCUGA